GUUAUCGCAGAUUGUGAGAAGUUGUGUUAUAAGAGGUUGUGAGUACGUGUAAUCGGAAGCUGUGAGUAGUGUUUCUGUAGUUGCCCUGGACACUUUAUCUGUAUUGUAGUGUUUGUUUGCUUCUCUCACAUUGUGUAUCUGUUUGUGUAUAAGUCACAAUUCCCAGUGCAUUUGUUCUCUGUGUAGUGUCGGUGUAAGAUGGUGGACAGUGUGUACCGUACCCGCUCCCUGGGAGUGGCAGCAGAGGGUCUCCCGGAUCAGUAUGCAGAUGGCAAAGCUGCCAGAGUCUGGCAUUACUAUAUUGGGGACAAACGCAGCCGAACAGAUGAGUAUCGCUGUUGGAUCCAGUCACUGCUGCAAAGACACAACUGUCAGACGGUGCUGGACGUGGCAUGUGGCACAGGGGUGGAUUCGGAGAUGCUGGUGGAGGAAGGAUAUUCGGUGGUAAGCGUUGAUGCCAGCGACAAGAUGCUAAAAUACGCUUUAAAGACUCGGUGGAACCGUCGGAAAGAGCCGGCUUUUGACAAGUGGGUUAUCGAAGAAGGGAACUGGCUGUCUCUGGACCAGGAUAUCACACCUCCUGGAUCUGGAUUUGAUGCAGUGAUUUGUUUGGGAAACUCAUUUGCUCAUCUUCCUGAUUUUAAAGGUGAUCAGAGUGACCAGCGCCUGGCUCUUCAUAACAUUGCAAAAAUGGUCCGUCCUGGUGGAAUAUUAAUUAUUGACCAUCGCAACUAUGACUACAUACUGAGCACAGGGCGUGCACCUGAGGGCAAGAAUAUUUAUUACAAGAGUGACCUAACGCAGGACAUUAGCACCUCCAUACUCUUGGUAAAUAACAAAGCUCACAUGGUGACUCUAGAUUACACCGUUCAAGUUCCGACUCAUGGAGAGUCAGUGCCAGAAUUAAGCAAAUUCCGUCUGUCUUAUUAUCCUCACUGCCUUGAGUCAUUCACUGCUCUCUUGCAUGAGGCAUUUGGAGGUCAGUGUGAACACAUGGUAUAUGGGGACUUCUUGCCUUAUAACCGUGACCAGGAGACAGCCCCCUGCUACUUUAUCCAUGUGACAAAGAGAACAUCAUGAGUAGACACAUGUAUUCCGAAAACCUUUUCAUUGCCAGUGGAACCAGAUCUUCAUCUGUUGUUGUGGUUUCUUAACUAAUAUCUUUAAAUGGUGGUUUCAUUCCUAGUCUAGACUGCUGUGUACAAUAUGUUAAGAAUCAGCAGGUUUUGUGAGCUUUGGUGUUGCUAUGGAUGCUGGGUGUGCCAUGCUUAUAUCCCUGUAUAUUUUGGGUGAGACAUGACAAUGUUGCUUUAGGUA